AUGAAGUUGUCCAGUCUUCUCAUUCCUUUGGCUUCCGCAUUCAUGGCGCUCGAUCCAGAGAUAACGACUUUGGAGCCACAGCUAGAAAUGGAGACACAAGCGCCUACUGGCAUACCGGCAACUGAUGAAUUCCAUUUCAUCGAUGAGCAAGCUUUCUUUUCCUCUGAAUCAACAACCAGUGAAACGACUGCGGCGACAACGACGCUCUACAAUAAUGACGGAAUUGUUGGCUUGAAGUUCGCGGGGGGCGGAAAAGGAGGUAAGAAAUCUAAGAAGUCCAAGAAAACGCAAAAGAAGAAUCCACAGAAAGAAAACGCCGUGGAGAACAUUAUGAAAAUUCAUGGAGAUGAAGCGGCUCCAAGAAAAGAUCACAAAUGCGGGAACAUUCCCUUGCCAGAGAUCAAGUGCGAUGAUUGUGAACAAGGUUACCCGCGAUAUAGAAGACCUUGCGGAGGACCAGAGGAAACAAAGGGUGUUUUUAAAUGCCGAAUAGAGUGUGGACCAGGUUUCAAAGUUUCAGCCGGAUCUCCAAAGAAGAUGAAAUGUCUUGGAAAGCCUAACGAGCCAAAAUUCUGGAAGCCGAAAAAAUACGAAAAAGACCGUUUUGCACUCAGCCCUGUCAAUGAAGGAAUAGACGAAAACAACAACUCCCAACAAGCGUCGCAACAUUCCAGUCAACGCGACACAAUCGACGAUUUUGACCGAAGUUUUGGCUCGGAAUACUUCGGAAGUCAGAAAAAAGAACAAACAGAAGAAGAGACACCUGGAGUGAGUCCAUUGGCUGCCGCCAGCCAAGAAAAGCAAUUGAGCCAAGAGGAAGUGGAAGAAGUUGUAAGAGCUCGACCAUGUUGCAUGCAGUUCGAAACGAUCAUUGUCAAGCAAGAGAACUUCGGCCCUUGGGAAGAAGGGAAAGGACCGUGUACUUUCCACGAGUUCUAUUACAAGAGAUGGCAUGCAAUGAUCGCUGAAACAGCGCGCGAGCGAGAGCUUCGGCGCGGGGAGUCACCUUACCAGCGAAGCAAACGAAAGAAAAGAGAAAGAGAAGAACGAGAAGCCGUGGCGAAAAAGAAACACGCUCCUUUUCAUGUGUACGACCCAGAAGUAUACAAAGAUAAGACUUACGUCCUUCCUCGUCGAAAUCAGGCUGAAAGAAAUUUCCUCCCUGUAAAUGACGGUUCUUUUUUCUUCUGGUAA